UGCAUAAAAGAAAAAGAUGUGUAUACUUUAAUGGGCAAAUUUGGGGAUAUAAAUAAAAUUAUUCAUCAUAUGAAUGAAAAAUUAGAACCUCUUGGAUUUAUAGUUAAUAAUGAAUUAAUAAAAGGUGAAGAAUAUAUAAUAUUAAAUUCUGAAAGAAUGAGAAAUCCUAGUAAUAAAUCUGUGAAUAAAGAAAAUGAACCUUUUGUAAAUGUCAAAGAAGAAUAUAUAUUUAACUCAAAAUUUAAAAAAAAUGAAAUAAGUUUAUAUUAUUUAAUUAUCGAAUAUAUUAUUAGUAAUAAUAAAUAUUUAAAAAUUGACAUAGGGGAUACUACAUAUCAAAGUUUAUGUUCUCAAUUAAACAUAAAAAAUGCCCAUACCCAAAAAAAUAUACUGGAUAAAUUGAUAUUUUAUAAAUGGAUUGAAAAAGAGUCAGGGGAACUCAAGCUAGGGAUACGUUUUUUCACAGAUUUAAUAAAAUUUUUUCCCCUGAACAACUUGGAUAAAUGCUCAUUGUGUAAUAACGCAAUAAUUGUAGAGGAUAAAAGGUGUAGUAAUUGUUUGUCGGUUUAUCAUCCCCACUGUUUCAAUAAUCUUGCCGAAAAAUUGUCACUAUGUUUUGUGUGCAAAAAUGCUUUAUAA